AGAAGGCCAAUAGGCAGGGUGACCACAAACGAUACGAUAGUGGGCACCCGUCUUCUUCUUUUGGUAGGAGGAAGUGAAAGCGCACAACCAAGAAGCAAAAUUUCUCAAAAAAAAAAUGCAGUCUUUCUCAGCAUUUCCUGCCAAAUCUUUCAUGCUUCUAUCAACACUUCUAUGUUUUCUCAAUAUCGCUGUUACCGAACAAGGGUUUUGCUCUGCACCAUCAGUAAUUGAUUCCAGUUCAAACGCCCAACCUCUUUAUUCAAAAGUCACCAACCCCACUCUCUCGCCUUCUCACCUACAAGAUUUACCUGGGUUUACUCGAAGUAUGUAUAGGAGUGAUCAUGCCUUAAUCACUCCUGAAAGUCAUGUUUUUAGCCCAUUGCCUGAUUGGAGCAACACACUAGGGGCAUAUUUAGUCUCGCCGGCAAUGGGUGCACAUUUUGUAAUGUAUAUAGCAAAGAUGCAAGAAGGUUCAAAAUCGGGACUCCCUCCAAAGCAUAUUGAGAGGUUUGUAUUUGUGGUUCAAGGGUUGGUGACACUCACUAAUGUUUCUGGCAUUUGCCAAACGCUGAUGGUAGACUCGUUUGCUUAUCUACCUCCUAACUCAGAGCAUCUCUUCGAAAGUUAUGAAUCUGCUACACUUGUUGUAUUUGAAAGAAGGUAUGCUUACCUGGAAAAUCAUAUUCCCGAGCCAAUUGUUGGCUCCACUGAUCAACAGCCACUUCUUGACACCCCCGGAGAGGUGUUCCAACUGCGGAAGCUUCUUCCUACAUCCAUGCCUUACGACUUCAACAUCCAUAUCAUGGACUUCCAACCCGGUGAAUUUCUCAAUGUAAAGGAAGUCCAUUAUAAUCAGCAUGGUUUGCUACUUCUAGAGGGACAAGGCAUAUAUCGUCUUGGUGAUAGCUGGUAUCCGGUUGAGGCUGGAGAUGCAAUCUGGAUGGCUCCAUUUGUGCCUCAAUGGUAUGCUGCCCUUGGUAAAGUCCGCACACGCUAUUUGCUCUAUAAAGACGUCAACAGGAAUCCUUUAUAACGCAUGAGGAAGACCAUGUCUAUGGAGUGUGAUGACUCGAAUCUUUUAUGAGUUAUUGGAGUUGAAAGCUUCAGUUCUGUCAAAACUAAUAUGGAAAUCAGAUCCUUUGGUUAAACACUUAAUUGACGUUUUGACAAUUCUUCUUUUACAUCCAUGACCUGACACGUUUGCGAAUGCCAUUUAUUGACUGGUUUGAAAUUAAAGGCUUUUUUUGUGAAA